AUGAUCCGUGGAGCAAUCGUUUCCAUGAUUUUCCAGAAGACACUGAAACUAGAACUGGAAGCUAUUGCGGAUUCGGCUCCCGUUACCCUCAUGAGCACCGACAUCGAUGGCAUUCAUCGGGGCCUGCAAUUUUUGCAUGACAUUUGGGCAAGUCUACUGGCCAUUGCUGUAGGCUUGUACAUCCUUCAACAGCUUUUGGGCUACUCUGCAUUCCUUGUCGUCGUACCGAGCUUCAUCUGCACAACCGGAGCCCACUUUCUCAGCAGGUCAAUGGCACCGGCGAUGGCGAAUUGGAACCUCGCCGUGCAGGAACGUGUUGGCGCCAGCUCUUUGAUGCUUUCUCAGAUGAAAGGGAUCAAGAUGAUGGGCUUAACGGAUUUCAUGAUUGACUCAAUUCAAGCACUGCGUGUCUACGAGCUGGAUUUAUCUAAGCGCUUUAGAUGGAUUCAGUCUUCAGUAGCCACUGUCGGUGGGCUUGGGGUAGCCAGGGCUUUCACGGCCCUCAGUAUUAUGGCACUGAUAACUGAGCCCCUGGCAUUACUCCUCGCUUCAUGGCCGAUAUUGAGGGCUAGCGUGGCAUGCUUUGACCGCAUACAAGCAUUUCUUCUUUUGGAAGACCACCGGGCCUUUGGAGAAUACAUGGAAGGCUCCGUGCCGAGGACAUCAAAUAAUGGAAUCGGCGGUACGCCAUCAUCGCCGCGUCGUACGGUUUCCGCUUUUCGAGAUGUUGAUCUCUUACCGUUGCCUGCGGGACGAAUCCAAAGAAAUUCUGGGCCACCCAACCUUGUUGUUGUCGAAAUGCAGAACGCAUGCUUCAAACUUAAGAACGGGAACAGAGUCCUUCAUAAUAUUGACAUCAGGGUGCCGCGCAAUCAGCUCACAACAAUUGUUGGUGAUGUAGGAUCCGGCAAAUCAUCUCUGCUGAAAGCCAUUCUAGGUGAAAUUCCCCAGGUCUCUGGGACUCUUCAUGUCGGUAUGGAGUCAGCGGCGUACUGCGAUCAAACCACUUGGCUUCGAAACACUUCAAUCAGGGAGAACAUCAUCGGAGAGUCGUCUGUGGAUGAUGCAUGGUACGAUCGGGUGACCCAAGCCUGCGAGCUGCAUAAAGAUUUCAUGAGUCUUCCGAGUGGUGACAUGACGCGGGUAGGAAGCGGGGGCGUAUCACUCAGUGGUGGUCAGAGGCAGAGGGUGUGGUUUGGACAAUUCCACUACCAACCUCAUAUUGGAGAAUCUUUGGGGGGGAACUGGCCUUCUUCGCGAAACUCAGGUCACAUCCAUCGUUGCUACACAUACAAGUAUGACUUUGAGUGCUCUAUUUACCACUUAUCUAGGUAUAUGGCAAGGACUGACACUGAUAUGGACGCAGUAAAACUUGCUCAAAUGUCUGACUAUGUCACUAUUCUGCGUGGUGGCAGAGUCCAAGAAAAUCAAGUCAGGCCCGAGUCGAUUGGCGCUUUGAUGUGGAGGACCGCUGAAGACGAAGGCACUGCAACCAACGAUCGCCAGGGUGUCAGCAACGCUCCGACCAUCAGUUCAGACAAUCAAGCCCAAACAAAUAAUGUAUCAAGGACCGCCGAUAUUAAUACGGACGAAGAUGUGAACGUCAAGCGUACAGGCGAUAAGACUCUUUAUUUCUUCUACGCCAAAUCUAUCGGAGCGUCAUUUUGCGUCACUUGGCUUUUGCUGUCCCUCUUCUACGUUGCGGGAUCCGUAGCACCCCAGGUCUGGCUACGCUUCUGGACCCAACAUGACACAAACUCACACAAGAGCCUUUACGCUGGGGUUUACGCCGCUUUCUCCCUUUUUGGAGUCUUAGGCGCCGGUACGGCUGUCGGCUUCUUCCUGGUCCUCAUCAUUCCCAAGUCAGCACAGAACUUACACAUGCUUUUGCUAAAACAUGUGCUGGCAGCCCCCCUGUACUUUUUUGCCGAGACAGACAGCGGUACCAUACUGAACAGGUUCAGUCAGGACAUGACACAAAUCGAUCAAGUCCUCCCUUUGGCUGCCGUCCAGACGGGCUUCGGAGCUCUGGGGGUCCUGGCCAAGCUAGGGCUCGUCGCGUCGGGUGCCUCAUACGUGGCAGCUGCUUUCCCGUUUGUUUUCGUUGCACUUUGGGUCUUGCAGAAAUGCUAUCUUCGAACUUCGCGACAAAUCCGUCACCUUGAUCUCGAGUGCAAGGCGCCCCUUUAUACUGUCUUCACCGAAACGUUGUCGGGCCUUGCGACACUGCGUGCUUUUGCAUGGCAGGAUCUCCUGACUUCGAAGUAUUUCCAGUUGCUUGACACGAGCCAAAAGGCUUACUACCUCAUGUUUUGCCUUCAGCGUUGGCUAAAUGUAGUGCUGGACAUGUUCACGGCUGGUUUGGCAGUGCUCCUGGUCGCCAUUGCGCUGAACCUGCCCGGAAGCACGAGUCAAGGCGCUCUUGGAUUGGCCAUGGUAAACCUCAUUGACCUCAACACAAGUCUCAACAGCCUGAUAAUGUCCUGGACGAACCUGGAGAUUAGCCUUGGGGCACUUGCGAGGCUCAAAUCAUUCAUAGAACGAACGCCCAGUGAGAUACACAACGAAGGUGACUGUCAGGGGAAGCCACCGAGCUGGCCUACUGCCGGGGAGGUGGUCAUUAACUCUGUGACUGCAAGCUACAGCCCUAGUUCCGAACCAGCCCUGCGGAAUGUAUCAUUGAGAAUCAAGCCCGGACAGAAGGUCGCUAUAUGCGGUCGCACUGGAAGGUGGGACUCCCUCGAAAUCGAGAAUUGA